UUAUUGUAGACAUGAAAAAUACUGUGUGCCAGUCGUGCAGGUUAAUUUACAGUCAAACCAGAAGUGAUGAUCAAUUCCUAAUUUUGCUUUCAUGAAGGAUGUCAUUAAUUAAUUUGCAUGCAAAUUACUCAAGACGAAACGCCUAAAGAUGCCCAUGCUAGCUUCUGCCAGCCUUAGCUAAGUGGACGAAGUGAAAGAUUAAGAAGGACAGCAAGCUUGACAGCCCUUUCAGGACUAUAAUACCCAGCAUUCUCUGCUCCUGCCUGCUGACCGGAAAAGGAAAGCGUACGGAUUAUUUACAAAAUCUCAACGGCAAUACAAUGCUUUUUUUUCUGUCCUAAGAAUAUGAUGAGUACUAUUUGUUUAUAAAUGUAACUCAUAUAAAUUCAGAUUGCAUUUUCAUUUGAAGCCUUGUUGCUAAGUAACAGAUGAAAUGAAAUGGAUUGCUGAGUGACAGAUGGACGCUGCGCCGCGACAGAUGGAGCUUCAUUUCAUCUGAUGUGCGGAUCAUCAGGGGGAAAAGAGGACACUGGAGGAAACCCGGUCGGAUCGGGGAGAGACACUGCAUGAUGGUGGACAACCGCUCCGCCACGGCGCUGGUGAUCGCGUGCGUGCUGAGCACUCUGGCCACGGUGUACCUGUGUGUGGCGGUGGGCACGCGCCACUGGUACCAGUACACGAGCCCGCAGGUGCGUCACGAGCACAACGCGACCGAGCUGCGCGCGCUGCACCAGGAGCUCGGCGACGGAGAGUUCGAUGAGAAAACCGCGAGCGACGCGAUGUUCCGCCUCAACGGCACCGUCGGCCUGUGGUGGAGGUGCGUGCGCGUGCCCGCCGACCGCAACCGCUGGUACCGCGAGCCAGAUCCUGAGAUGGACACAGAGUGUGUGAGCUUCACACUGUCUCAGCAGUUUACACCCAAAUACACAGAGCCAGGCAACCACAACAGCGGAGAGGACAUGAUCCGCACCUAUCUGUGGAGGUGUCAGUUUCUCUUGCCCCUGUUCUCUCUGGGUUUGGUGUUAGUGGGAGGGCUGGUGGGAUUCUGUGCUUGUUUGUGUCGUAGUUUCAGUCCCACGCUGGGCAUUGGACUCCUCCACCUUCUUGCAGGUGUGUGUUCUCUGGGCUGUGUGUGUUGUUUUCUGGCGGGUAUGGACCUGCUACACCGUGUCUCUGUUAUCCCUGACCAGGUGGAUGGCUCUCUUGGCUGGUCCCUCUAUCUUGCGCUCAUCUCUUCUCCACUCUACAUGAUGGCUGCCGCGCUACUGGUGUGGGCCGCUCGCAGUCAUAGCAAGAACUACUACCGCUUUACCGCCUACCGAGUGGCCUAGAGCAUGCAUUUCAAAUUAUUACAGUCAGGCCUGUGUCCCAAAUCACAUAAUUCUGCACUAAACACACAUACAAAUCUUACAUAUUAACUUACUAAAUAGUAUGUAAACAUACUAUUACACCAACAUACUAUGGUAGCAAGUGAUAUGACAAUGUUGUCAAACUACUGUACUAAAUAGGCUGGAAAAUUAGUCUACAGCCAUGCAAAAUAGUAUGGAACAAAGCCACGCCCCAUACAACAGAACUAAAUAAUACAGCGUAUUAGUAUACCACAAUUCUACCAUGCAAAUUAGUAUCAGAAAACAGUACUACACCAUACUACUGUAUUAAAUAGUACGAUAAAAUAGUAUGCUAUCGUAGUAUUGUGCUAAAUAGUGUGACAUGCUAGAUAGUACAUUAGCAUACAAAAUAGCAUGGCAGGAUAAUACAUUAAUACUCCAUCAGACUACUGCACGAAAUAGUAUGGUUUAUUGGUACACUAGUAUACUACUGUACUAAAUAGUAUAGGGGAAAAGUACAUCAUCACACUACUAUAUUAAUAAUAUACACUGCCUGGCCAAAAAAAAGUCACAUUUGGCUUUAAAUAAGCAAAUACGUAAGAGCCCUUGAUUGGCUAAUUACUGCAGUGAUUAAUAUGUUUCAGCUGUCAACAAUUGUUUUAACCCUAAUUGAUGCAGUGAGUAGCUUCUCAUUUCUUAAACAACCAUGUCGGAAGAUGUAUCCCAUCGUCAUGGAAAAGAUGUUGCUGUGUUUCGGAAGGGUCAAAUUAUUGGCCUGGAUCAAGCAAAGAAAACAACUAAGGAAAUUGCUGAAAUGACUGGGAUUGGGUUAAGAACUGUACAAUGCUUUAUUAAAACCUGGGAGGAUAGUGGUGAACUGUCAAUGUCAAGGAAGAAAUGUGGUCGGAAAAAACUCUUAACUGAGUGUGAUCAGAGAUCACUUAAAUGCUUGAUAAGAUGAAUCGUAAAAACUCGAAAAUAGAACUCACGGCUCUGUUUAAUAGUGAAGUUAAGAGCAUUUCCAUACACAAUGUGAUGAGAACUAACAGGAUUGGUACUAAAGAGCUGUGCAGUGAUGAGGAAACCACUUGUUAUUGAGGCUAAUCAGGAGAAAAGGCUUCACUUUGCAAGGGAGAAUAAAGAUUGGACUCUGGAGCAAUGGAAAAAGGUCAUGUGAUCUGAUGAGUCCGGACUGACCCUAUUCCAGAGCGAUGGGCGUGUCAGGGUAAGAAGGGAAGUGCAUGAAAUGAUGCGUCCAUCGUGCAUCGUGACCACAGUACAAGCCUCUGGAGGCAGUGUUAUGAUCUGGGGUUGCUUCAGUUGGUCAGGUUGAGGCUCAGCAACGUUAUGGGGCAAUAAAAUUAAAUCAGCUGAUGACCUGCAUGUACUGAAUGACCAGGUUAGCAUCAGAUCAAUGGAUUUUUUUCUUCCCUGAUGGCACGGUCAUAUUCCAGGACACCAAUGCCAGGAUUCAGUGGCUUCAAAUAUUGAAAGAAUGGUUCGGGAAGCAUGAGGAAUCAUUUCCACACAUGAAUUGUCCACCACAGAGUCCUGACUUUAACCCCACUGAAAGUCUUCGGGAUGCUGGCGAAGACUUUAUGGAGUGGUUUGACUCUCCCAUCAUCAAUACAAGAUAUCAGUGAAAAAUUCAUGCAACUAUUGAUAAAAAUACAUAUUGUGAUGUUGUAUAAAGAAACAAUGUGUAAUCAAAGCUAAAAGCUGUCCAACAAAAUAUUAGAGGGUGCACUUUUUUUUUUGGCCAGGCAGUGUACAUAAAUAAAUAAUGGUGUAGUAUCAGACUACUGUACUAAAUAGCAUGUCAAAAUAGUCCACUGCUAUACGACCAUACUAAAAUAAUAGUCAUGCACAUGCUACCAUACUAAAUUAUAUUGUGCACUAAACACAAGCACAUAUGUGUGUUAGAGCAAGAGGGAGUGUGUCCUGAUAAUCCGAAAUCAGCGGAUGGAGAUGAGAUGGCUAUAAAAGCUAGCUGGGUGUGUGCAAGUGAGCAGAAUGCUGUGUGGACACUCGCUGUUAGAGUCUUCGUCAUCUUUAAAUGACAGUUAAAUGCAGACGCUAAAUGCUGCAAUGAGGUGCCAACAUUUAUGGUUUAAUCAAGUUUUGAUCCGUUGCUAUGGCAAUACAGCAGACAACAGGAAACUGGCAAUCAGACCAAACAUUUUUUUAAAAAAUUACUUGACUUAUCUAAAGGGAAAGCGUGCAGGAGGUUAUUUUUGCUCUGGCAUGAUUUUAUCUCAGUGAAAUUUAACCAGUGAAUUCAUGAACCUCGCUGUCUUGAGUCGAUACAAACCAAGACUGUGGUCUCUUUGGUUGUUAAAAAAAAUGGAGGAACUGUUUGUUAUUAAUUUGUGACACACCAGACUAUUUUAUUUUGCUGUUUUCUUAAUGUCCUGGGGGAGGGUGUACAUUAGCAUACACUAGAAUAAUUUUAGGGUAAAACCCUGCUUUUCUCUCUCUCUCUCUCUCUCUCUCUGUCUGCUAGGAGUUUACAAAAUUGGCACCUCUGAUAUUCAUUCAAGCAAGGCACUUUAAUGUUUCACGCUUUAAUGUUGCAUAAGUGUAUACUGACAUGACACUCUGUUAAUGCAAAUCCGUGUGGAUGCGAGUAUGUGUGUGGAAUUAGAGAAUUCACUGGAGGGUUUCUCACAUAAACUGUGAAGUGUUUAAUGGCACAAUGUAAUAAAGAAGCACAGAGAGCACUUUUUCACCGACACAGCGUCAACACUUAAUCAGGAACGUUUGUCUAAAAUCAGUUUGGUUACAUUUGCACAGUCCUGCAGAACCAGAAUCAAACAGGUUGGGGGUCAUUUCGUCAGCACGGAAAAUUUUAUUAACAGGUUUAAAUUUAAAUAAUGGCAUAAAAAUAAUUUUGUUUACUCAAAGUGAUAAUGUGAAUAGCAUGUGAAAAUCCCAUAUCUGGAUCUGGUGGUGUGAUGGUUCUGCUCUCAAAUACCCCUUUUCCACCAACAAGGAACAGGUUCUUGAACCAAUUCCGUUCAGGAUUCUUUGAACCUUAGUGCCCACGUUUUCACCAGUUUUGAGUGGAACCGUUGUAAUCAAGGAUGAGUCAUGAACAGAGGACGUUUCUCAAUGGACAACAGGAGUAAAUAGUAGGAGCGAGAUGGUGGAGCACAUUGACUGAUUACCUUUGAGCUUUUGUUCUGUUCUUGCGGAUAUUUGUUUUCGGUCCGUAUUUUCUGAAAAUGUUUCCUUUUCAAUUGUAUUCUCCGUUGUUGCACUCUGCUUCCUCUCCAAACAUGCCCACUGAUGUCAUCACGGUUUGUGCUGGAAAAACCAGCUAUAUUUUAGUUCCAACUGGGAACCAACUUUUUCAAGUUCCAAACCAAUUUAUUUUUGGUUGAAAUGCACUGAACGGUUCAAAAUUCAGUGACCCAUUCCCUGUUGGUCAAAAAGGGGUAAGACUGGUGGAAAUGAGAACCAGUUCUGGUUCCUGCAUCAGCUCUGUGUUGGUGGAAAAAGAAAACACGGCACCAUGUUUAUAGAUGAAAGAAAAUCAGGUAUGGAUUCAGGCACAGCAUCCUUUACUUUGUAUAUUAUUCUUCUGUUCAACUUUGCAUAUUGUUUUUUGUGUUAAUAUUGCAUGUGUUCCAGUGUUCAGCAGACCAGGCUAUUGUUAAGAAUCCUGAUGAUACAUAAGCAUAAACCUUUUAUAACUUAUUUAUUUAUGUAUUUAUUUAUAAUUAUUUAAUUAUUAUUGAGUUAUUAUAUUUAUUCCUAUUAACAUAUUUCUUUUUACAUUUUGUUGCUUAUAGAUGGAAGUGUAGUUUUUUUUAAACACCAAAGCAUAUAAGAAUUAGCGUUAACAGUGAAUAGUGAACCUGAACCCUUUAUAUUGAGCAUGUGAUAAACCAGCAUUGUGAACGUACUGCAUUAAUAUGCAAACCAGUGACACUCCCUUUGUAAGCUUUUCCCCUGAGGUUUGGAUUCAUUAACUGGAUCUGUUCUAUAGUUAUUGCAUUUUGAUGUUAUUGAACUUGCAUUUGUAUGAAAUGGUCGGAAUGAAUCUGAAUUAAUUGCAACCUUUUAACUACAAUAAAAUUACUUUAA